AAGUGUCUCUUGAAUAGGGGGUGUCCCAAUGGAGGGUUUCUAUUGUAUUCCAAAACAGUGAAUGUUGCCUAUUAACUUGUUUAUUUCGGUGUAAUUAGUUAGUGUACUGUAUUUUGAUAUGACUGAUGUACCUUUCUUAUUUCCUUGGAAGUUUCUGAAAACAGUAUUUUUCACCAUCGGUGUCAUGGCAGUCAUUGAUGAAGGGAAGAAUAAGCAGGAAAACGACCCACUCAAGACCAUCAAGCCAUCCAAGCGUUUUGAGCCACUCAUGAUUGGGUUGGUUUUAUUUUUGGUCGGAAUCGCUUUCAGUUACUUUGCACGUUUCACUUUUAACCCACUCCAAGAUCUUAGUGGUUUAGUAAUUGUUGAAAUUACUAAGUUAUGUAAGGAAAAGUGGUGGGGUUUUGCUCAAGCAUUUUGUCCAAUACUUGGUGCUUUAGUAGGUGCAACGAUCUACAUAUUAAGUAUCGAAAACUAUCAUCAGAUGACUGCCGAAUCAAGGAGUGAAGGUGCCGGAAGUUAUGAUCCGUUAGAUCAAGACAAUCCAAGUGAGAGUUUACCAUAGUGAUGCAGACAUAUCGCCCAGCUACACAGUGUGAAUAUUGGUUCAGAACUUCAGAUUUCAAAAUACAAGCUAACGUCUGUUUCAUUGGCUUAGUUGUAUACCUAACUUUCAUCUAACAUACUAUAGUAUUUCGAGCGUCAUGCCUCUCAUGAAAUGGACACAUGAUGUGCAGCUGUACCUUCUUUGUAGAACAUGUGAUAUCAGUCUCUUCAGUGGAUAUUGGUUUGUUCUCUCGUGUAUAUGAUUUCAUUUUAUUUUUAUUAUGGAAUAUUUUAUUUCCCUCUUUUGAGCUUUAAUUCUUUGACCUCUGAUGCAGUAAAU